AUGUGCGGAAUUUGGGCAAUUGUCGGCGAAGAGCCGGCGCCACACUAUCAAGACGCAUUCAUGAAGAUCGUCGGCCGCGGGCCUGAUCUCACCAUCCUCGAGGAAGUCCAACCCGACGUCCAUCUCGGCUUCCAUCGUCUCGCCAUCGUCAUGCCCGGAGACACGCCAAGUGCUCAGCCAAUCGUUGGAGCCGGAUUGUCGGUCGUCUGCAAUGGCGAGAUUUACAAUCAUAAAGAGCUUAAGGUCGACUGCCCUUAUACCCUGAAGAAUGGAGGAAGUGACUGCGCUGCCAUCAUUACGUCGUUCCUCAAACACGGUCAAGAUCUCAAGGAAACGUGCGCGUCGCUUGACGGCGUCUUCGCGUUCAUCAUGGCCGACGACAAGAACCUCUACAUCGGCCGCGAUCCCAUCGGCGUUCGGCCGCUCUUCUACGGCCACAACGCCAACGGUUCGUUAGUCAUCGGUUCGGAAGUCAAAUGUAUCGAGGAGAUUUGUGAGCGGGUCGAAUAUUUCCCGCCGGGAUGCUGCGCGACAAUUCCAUUUGAGACGCGCGGAAAAGCCAUUGUAGCGCAAAAAUAUUAUUUGGUGCCGAGUGUCGCCGACAGAUUUUUGCCGGUCGAUAGUGCAAGAACAUUGGUUCGCGAUAUUCUCGUCAAAUCGGUGGAGAAGCGAUUAAUGGGAAAUCGCAAUUUCGGUUUCAUGCUUUCCGGAGGACUCGAUUCAUCGCUAAUCGCCUCGAUUGCCACCAAAUUCCUUAAAGAGAAGCCUAUCGCGUUCUCGGUCGGCUUCGAAGACUCGCCGGAUUUGGAGAAUGCUCGCCGCGUUGCCGAGUACCUCAAAAUUCCGCAUGAGAUUCUCGUCAUCACCCCGCAACAAUGCAUCGACAUCAUUCCCGAGGUCGUGUACGCGCUGGAGACGUUCGACCCGCUCAUCAUCCGCUGCGGCAUCGCGCACUAUCUCUUGUGUCAGCACAUUUCGAAAAGCUCCGACGUCAAAGUGCUACUGUCAGGAGAGGGCGCUGAUGAGCUAUUUGGAAGCUAUGCUUACAUGCAGAAGGCGCCGAACGCCCUUCACCUUCAUAAGGAGAUCCUACGUCGCAUGAGCCAUCUCCAUCAGUACGAUGUGCUCCGCUGCGAUCGUUCCACCUCAUGCCAUGGACUCGAAAUUCGCGUGCCGUUCCUUGACAAGAGAUUUAUUGAUCUUGUCAGUAGACUUCCGCCUACUUAUAAGCUUAUGCCGAUGAAGCUUGAGAAGCAUUUGUUGAGAAGCGCGUUUGAAGGCUGGCUACCAACUGAAGUGCUCUGGAGAAGCAAGGAAGGAUUCGCGGAAGCCUUAGGUCAAACCGAUCUUGGUGAUAUUCUUCUCGAGUAUUGCAAUCGUUUGAUACCCGAGGAUGUGUUCGCGAAUCGCGCCGAACGAUUCCCGGAGAAGACGCCGGAGACCACUGAGGAGUAUUGGUAUCGUCAAUUGUUCGAGGAAGCCUACUCGUAUGAGAAGAUGGGACAUUUGGUGCAUACCAAGGUGUACAGAACCGCUGCUUGGCAUCGAACCGACGAGAAGGAGAACGUCGCCGAUGACGAAGACGAGUUUCACAACAUCAAUCAAGAUCCAGAAUUGAUGAUCCGACGACGAUCAACUGGAUCCGCCGCGACAUUGUCGGCCGGCGUUGCCUAA